AUUGAUGGCAUCAAGUCCAUUUUUGUCAACUUAGAUAAGUUUAUUGUUAUCCUGGAUCUAAGCUCUGUUGGGAUAUACAGGAUUCAUCUCCGGUAACUUCUGGUGACCGUAUAUGCAAAUUACAAGCACACUGGUCCAUUGGAUUGCAUCUUUUUGAGCUUUUCUGAUGUGGGGAAGUUGGCUUAAGCAUUAAGAGUUUUCAGCUAUUGUACACACAAGUGUCUACUAAGCGUUAUCACCUGUUUUCAGUUAGGCCCACUCCAAAAGCUUUCACCAAACUAGCAAUUUAAUGGGUAUAUUGUAAAGGUUGUCCCAAGUAUACCAGAAACAUUUUCCAUGGAAUCCAGCUUCAUUGAACUAAAAGUGAUUUCCUGCAAGGAUCUGAAAGCAUUCAAUUUCUUCCAGAAACUCUCAGUCUAUGCCCUCGUUUCCAUUGCCAGUGAUGAUGACAAGAAAGUUGUUGAGAAGCAGCAACGACAGAGGACACCGACCGACAGAGAAGGGGAUGGAAAUCCAGAGUGGAACCACACGAUACGGUUAGAGGUGAGUCAGGCCUUGUUUCAGGAUUGCGAUAACCUCUUUAUUCACUUUGAUCUGCGCCAUGAAGGAGUCAUGUUCGGAGACAAAACUAUUGGAGAAGUUCGUGUUCCCUUCAGGGAUGUGAUCCAAGAGUCUAAUGGAGUUGUUAGAUUCGUGAUUUACGAGGUCCGGACCACAGACGGCAAGUCCAAUGGAGUAUUGAACUUCUCCUUUAAGGUUAAUGGAAAGGAUCAAGGUUUAGGGACAGACUCCCCAGCGAGCCAGAUAGCUGGCUAUCCGGUAAUUCAUUACUCUCCUGAGACUCAGUUUUCUUCAUCAGAAGCUCAUAGCGAAUCGCCAACAGUCCACUACCCAUUUCUAGAAUUAGAAAAUAUGUCGCAGGGAUCCCAGCUGCAGCCUUCAUUAUCUGGAAAUCAGGAUCCCUUCCAAGAAAAGCAUUUUAUGCCACAAAAUGCUUACUAUCAGCUCCCGCCACCACCACCUCUAAUGCCACCACUGCCACAUCCACAUCCACCUCCUCCUCCCCGUGCACCCUUUCCACAUGGCCCUUGUUACUACCCUCCUCCACCUGGGGCCAACCCUUGGGGCUCCGGCCCUUAUGUGGGUGCUUAUGGUUACAGCACGCAUGGGUCCCAGCUGGGGUCUGCUGAUGGACACUUAGAGACGUGGCCGACCGGUUGGCAAGGAGUGGAAAACCGCCAUUCAUCUUCUUGGAAUGGUAGGUGAGACGAAUAGAAUAUGUUUGGACUUUGAAUUGUUAUAUUACUUAGCUGUUAUUUUUUUUCUCGUUUUUGAGGAAUAAUAAAAUUAUGUACUAUUAUUACUUUUCAAACA